UCUGGCUUGCAGGUUUUUAAACCUCUAGUGUGAUAAAAAAAAAUGCUGAUAGGCACAAUAAGGCUUCUCCUUCUCCUUAUUGGCUUGCUGGAUAAGGUAAUGUGAGCAGCGACACCACACUACAUGGGAAGUUGAGUCAUCAAUGCAGAACUCCUCAGCGCUGUUCGGGAUGGUGAGCCACUGUCAGACCCCAACUUUCACAGACUUCACCGGCCUGUCUCUCUCCAUGUACGGCAGCAAAGCGGACGUUUGCACGCGUCGCGUCGGGAGCGCUGGUUUUGGAGCACAGAUUUGUACGCCACAGAUUUGCCGGAGCUCCCCUGACACUCCGGCUCACAUGAACUGCGCGAGCCCGAAGGAAAAAGCGCAUGUGUCCAACAAAGCUUCGCGCUCGUGCCUAACGCUCCCACCCGUGCAAGUUAACGGUGCCUACUGCUCAGAGAAGGAUGCAGACGCCGAGCUGGGUGACGCCGACGGCUCCCUGAUGCGAUGUGGGCAGAGCAUGCCACUGCUGGUGGGGAGUCAUUUAGGGGGGCUUUACACCCAGAGCCUCCACUGUGGCAGACCUGAACCUGACCUCCUUCUGCAGGACGGUCCUCACCAAGACACCAGAUCCUCCCCUGCCUUCCAGAGGACCCUGCCGGGGGCCUCACCUAGCCUGGGCUGCGGCAGUGCCAAUGGGGCUCACUCCUCUCUGCACUACCCGAUCAAACAGGAGAACCCAAUGGGCUAUAAGAUCUCCAACACCGAGUCCAGGGUCCAAGCCACCCUUCACGCUGGGUUUCAGAACUGUAGGGCGGGCCAAGUUUUGGGGGUGACAAGGGACCAGGUAGUUGGAGCACCACAAGUUAGCAACAGUAAUGGCGUGUGCACAGUCAGUGGUGCAAGUAGUGCUGCAUCAGGGGACGCAGUGCAGGCCUUUAAUAAUGAAAAUGGCUCCUCCCCGCUGGCUUUGUCCCCAACUGGCUCCCGUCAUUCAGCGCGGCUACUCAGUGCUAGCAGUCAGAAGAGACGCUGCCUGUCCCUGGCCUCACAGUCCAACGGGGCUGCAGCGGGUUCGCAAUCAAAUUCUGGCACUGUUUCUGAAGAGAUCAAUAUCACCGCCAUCAUCUGCUCCUCCUCCCAGAUGUCAAUGGUUGCCUGCGUCAACGGGGUCCGCACUAACCUCUCGCCAACCCACGCCAGCAGUGCCGGCUUUUCCUCCUCUUCCUCCUCCUCUUCGACAUCCCCACUUUCCAACUCCUGCUCACGAGAAGCCCCCCAGAGGCCCCCACCACACGGCAAACCCCAACAGGCCUUAGUACAAGAGAGCUGUCGGCUGUCCUCACCUGUCACCUGCUUACACUCACUCUCCUCCUCCUCCACUUCGUCCUCCUCGUCGGUGUCGUCAGCCGAGCCGGAGCAGGGUCAGGGGCUUUGUGAGGAACAGGGCUCCAUGCUACAGGGGCGGGGGACUGGAGGAACAGCUGGGGGGGUUGUUGGAGGAGGAGGAGGGGGGCAGGACCAGUUAGGGCUACUGAUGAGUCGGGCUCUGAUGUCUGGGAUGCUGCAUUCAGGGCCAGAAUCUGGCGCUCUUCUGGAUGGAGGCCAAAGAUCCGGGGCUGCGAUGAAGCAGGAGCCCCUGGAUGAUUUUUCUCCCAGUGAAGACGAGCUCUUUCAGCACCACUAUCAUCAUCACCAACCUCUGAGUGGCCGCAGUGGGCACCUUCGUCACCCUCACCAACCCUCUCGCCCUACUAUGCCUCCUCCCUACCACUUGCACCAAUACGUGGGGCCCAGUCCUGGGGGGCUGAUGCACCCCCAGAGCCAGCAAACAGCACCAGCCUCUACUUUGGGACUCAAACCAACCACCGGAUGCCCCCCUGGCUCUCACUCAGCCCAAGGGCGGGAUGAACUUGGAGGAGGAGCAUUGGCUGAUAGGCAAGUGUGUCGCUGGAUUGACUGCAGUGCUGCGUAUGAGCAGCAGGAGGAGCUGGUGAGGCACAUUGAGAAGGUCCACAUUGACCAGCGCAAAGGUGAGGACUUCACCUGUUUCUGGGCCGGCUGCAUUCGCCGUUACAAGCCCUUCAACGCCCGCUACAAGCUGCUUAUUCACAUGAGAGUCCACUCUGGAGAGAAACCUAACAAGUGUAUGUUCGAGGGCUGUAACAAAGCGUUUUCACGUCUGGAGAACCUGAAGAUCCACCUGAGGAGCCACACAGGAGAGAAGCCGUACCUUUGCCAGCACCCCGGCUGCCAGAAAGCUUUCAGCAACUCCAGCGACCGCGCCAAGCAUCAGCGCACUCACCUGGACACGAAACCGUACGCAUGUCAGAUCCCCGGCUGCACUAAGCGCUACACAGAUCCCAGCUCCCUACGCAAACAUGUCAAGAUCCACUCAGCCAAAGAGCAACAGGUGCGUAGAAAGCUUCGGCCCUGUCCUCACCUGGAGCAGGAUGUUCUGAGUGAAUGUCUGUCCAUGCAGCACCUCCAGAGCUCUAACUCCUCUCAGCACCUCUACAACAGCAAAGAUGGUCGUUCUCCUGGACUCGGCCAGGACAUCUUCACAGGCCUGUACACUGGCUCCGGCACCCCCCAUCACAGUGCUUCAGUGGACCUCCUCACCCCCACCACUAACCCCACCUCUGCCUCCGUCACUGAACUGCCCUCCCGACAACACAGACUGGACCGCGACCUUAACAGCCCUCAUCACCUCUCCCCGCUGGCUGCCAUGGACGGCACGAGAGACGGGUUGUCGGGUCCCCUCCUGUCUCCAGGGAUGAAGGGAACAGGGACGCCUCCUCCACCUCCUCCUCCUUCACUGGAGAAACAGCACGUCCACCCUCAACACAAGCCCUAUUCUCACUAUCACCACCAUCAGCCUUCCAAUGACGAAUACCAGGCUAGCUUCCAGAGCUGCUUCCACUUCGGAGACUCAUACAGGAUGGAGCAGACAGUCAAUGGCGUCCACGUCCCAGGAGAAUCUCACGCCUAUAAUUCCCAUCAACACAACGGCUUCCACAUGUCCACCAGCAACACGGGUACUCAAGGCUUCAGUAUGACCCAGGAGCUUCAGGGCGGCGCAGGGUGCCAGUUCUCCUCAAGCCCAGAGGAGAGCAUCUUCUUCCAGGUGGGCAGCUUCGACCGCAGCCUGAGCCACAUGUCUUCUGUCUACACAGAGACAUAGAGCAGCACUGGAGCAGGGCAUGCUUCAGCACACCUCCUCUACUAGUCUGCAGUCCAAGUCUUUCCACAGACGCCUUAUCACACCAGGAAAACCAGCAAGAUGGAGCAGACAUACAUUGCAAAAAGUUUGACUUUUUACCUGACUCUCAAUGGUUAAAUCACAAAUUACACUAUUCUAAUUAUCCACAGAGGCGAAACAAAGUGUCUCAAACUCUUUGAGUUGUACUCCUUGCAGUAUUGUCUGAACACCACUUUGUGAGCCUAGUUUCAGAAAAUAACCCCAAUUUGUGUUUGCUGCUUUUCCAUUCUAUAAAAGGGAUAAACAGUUGAUUUAACACAUGAUUGGUUUAUGAGUACUAGCAACCACACAAAAAAAACAGAAAUGAUGUCAUAGUGAGGUCAUAGUGAUGUCAGUGUUUCUGGAAUGUAGUUCGGGAUAUUUUGAGAUUUACACAGUGAGCCUUUGUUUCAAACUUACAUUGGACCUGGAGAUUUAAGUAUGUGGGCAUUAAACAGGCUUGGGGGGGUUCUUAUAAAAAGACAUAGAGUUGCAUUAUGGGAAUUGGAGGAUUCAGUAUAGUUGGAGCUUGACCUGUACUAUUGACUCUUUCAAUCUCUCUUGCAUCAUUCUGUGUUUAAUCUUGCUCCUUUAAGUUCUGGGUUUUAAUAAACGUCCAAUGUGUUAUGAGCAGGAGACCCUUAUGACCCUUUAAAUGUAGCUUUUUGUCCAGCAUAUUUUGAAUUUUAACUCACUUUAAAUUACAUGUUUUUGUAAUAUGUUCCCUUCAACAUUCCAGCAUCCAUAUGAUUUCUCUCUCUGGUGGAGAAUAAUUCAGUUCUCAAAGAAUAUAUAUCUGUUUUUUCAGCCUCAAUAUAUUCACUGUAAUUAUUACAAAACUGCCAUCUCUCCUCAUCCUGUUUGUCGCUGUCAUCUACAUCUUUCAAUCUGUUUUAGACUGAAGUGUAGACAAACUUAUAUCAUUUUGCUGUGUUGUUGUAACAGUGAAAAAAAG